AUGGCGUCCCAUCAGCCCCAGCACGAGGGUGGCCCGAACCAUGACCGCGACGCCAACGCCCCCGAGGUGAUGCAGCUCUCGUCGCCCGCGACCAAUGUCCCCAGCCUGGAGAGAGAAUGGCAGUCGCAGUACCAGCAGACGCGCGCGGCCGAACACCCCCCGCUGCCGACCGGCGACACGGCCAAGGAAGCCGUCAUCAACACCGACGACAAGUACGUUGUGCCGAUGGAGGUCAAGGCCGAGUACCCGGAGACUGCGACGGCGACGGCGACAAGCCCGCAAAUGUCGGUGCCGUGGACGCCCGACUCGGAGCACAUGCAACACGUCAACUCGGACGUGAUCUCGCCCAACACGCCGCACGAGGCCCGGGGCGUGGCGCCGGACCCGCCGCCUCCUGGCUCGGACGCUGAGAAGGAGGAGCCCAAGGCGAAGGGCAAGAUUCUGGGAAUGAGUCGCAAGGCAUUCCUGAUUCUGAUCGUGGUGCUCAUCAUCAUUAUUGCUGCGGCCGUGGGAGGCGGUGUCGGCGGCGCGGUAGCAUCCUCUAACAAGUCCAAGUCGGACGCCGCCACGACAUCCAGCUCAUCAUCAGCGGUGCCGUCCUCAACCCCUACACCAUCCACGACUUCAUCAUCAGCAACCGCCACGAGCACCUCCGAGCCCCUGCCCACCCUGUUGACCAACCAAACUUGGCCAGCCGGCCCAAUCCACGCCUUCCAAGGAUUCUCAAGAAACAACUACACCGGCCAGCCGACCAAGGUCGUCACCACCGAGGGGGGCACCGACUUUUCCUUUGACAUCCACAGCUACAUCUGGAUCCCCAACAUCAACAACUGCUGCGUCAACUUUUGCGCCAACAGCACCAAGCAGGGGUACAUCGGGUACAGGUGCCCGGCGACGAACCAAACCGAUGCGUCGGAGUCCGUGGCGCGGGUGUUUAUAUGGUGCCAGGACAGUCGCUCGGACAAGAUUGCCAAGGACAAGGGGUCCUUGUGA